AUGGGAGUGGCGGUGGCACCGUUAACACUGCUGGCAGCCAGUGAGCGGAAGAUUUGUAAUCUGUGUCACAGAGCUGCCGUGCCAUUGGCUUCUACGGGGAAGCUGCCGCCAGAGAGUCAGUGAGGCGACAAACUGGGGAUGGUCCCGGGCUGGGUCUCCAUAAUGAGCCGGGCUCAGAGCCGCCUGCUCCGCACUUGACGCAACCCGUCUGAACUUGGCGCGGCUCCACCGCAGUACACUUGGUGACAUUUUGCACAUUUUAGUCGCCGAGACGAAUCUUCAAAGGACGAAUGACACCGGCUCACCUCAUGAUUUCACCCUGCUAAAAGACCCUGCGAGGCACAACAGUUUCUUCAUGGCGUCUCCACAACAGUCAAGAAUUCAGUCGUAUCUGGAAAAGAAUAAAAUCGGACCCUUGUUUGAGGAGUUGAUGACCAAAUUGAUAACUGAGACUCCAGACCAUCCAAUCCCUUUUCUCAUUGAUCACCUGCAGACCAAGCAAGAUAGCCCCGGCAAGCUGCACAGAGCUCUCUCUGGCUCCGCAGCACUGUGGGCGCAGAGCUCCCCAGAAAGCAGAAACACUCGAAGGGAGUACAGCAACUAUGAGAAGCCAUGGCAAAUCCACCCAAAGAAACCGAAAAAAUCCAAGAGCGACCUGGCUGUUUCGAGUAUCUCUCCUCCCUCACCAGAAUCCAAGUCUUUGCCGCGGUCAAUCGAGUGCCCGUCCUGGGAUUGGAGGGAGAGCCGGGACUUUGACGAGCUCAACCACAUUCUGCAGGAGAGCAAGAAGCUGGGCAAGGCCCUGGAGAGUCUGUCGCGCAGCAUUGCCAUCUCAGAUGAGCUCGACCAGAACUUGGGAGGCUAUAACUCAGUGCUGCGCCCUCGGGUGGUGGGGGAGUGGGUUGGUCGGGAAGAAGAGGACGCGGACCCACUAGCUGCUGAGAUGCUGCACCCCCCCAUUCCUCGGGCUAAAACUGAAGUGUGCUGGAGUGGAGACAGCAGCCCUGCUGGAAGCCUAAAGAUGGAAACAAAGAGCAAAGGGCUAAGGGAGCAGCAGCAGCAUCACAAGAAACUCCUGGCCGCGAUGUUGUCCCAGGACUCCUUUGAUUCGGUCCAUAGCUCUGCCCCCUCCGUCGCAGAGGAAGAGAUGGAGGACGAGGACGAUGCCAUGGAGCUUCUGGAGGACCUGGAUGACCUGCGUAUGGAGGGUGUGAUGGGCUUGGCUCCAUCCGGCAGUAAGUUCAGCCAGGGACGCAGCUCCUAUCAUCCUGAACCGCAGGCCAAAGUUACACUCAACAUCUGCUCUAGGUGUGCCAGGUUGCAGGGGGACAGUCUAUCAGACACCAGAUCUGAAGAGGAGCACAGGCCUCACAUAUCUGAACAAGCUGUACCUGACAUCUCCUCUCCAUUGCCCGGGGUGGACACAAUGGCGGGACGUUUGCAGGAAUGCGAGGCCCUGUCUCAAGUGUCAGCCUCUCGUCAGGCUGUCUGGGAGGCUGAUCUGAAGGCUGUGAGAGGUGGGAGCUCUGUCGGGCAGACAGGCCUGCUACUGGGUGACUCCCUCUUUUCUAAAGAGCUGGAGAACAUGGGCAAACAGCUUGCUGAGGUUGAAAAGGACCUGGCCAAGCUGGCAGAAGUAGGGAAAAUGACCACUCGCAGCUCCAAUAAUCCGCACAGUAGUCUGCUCCACACCCCUCUGCGCCACAGAACACUACCCGAUACACUUCCUCUCCCCAGCCUGGUCUCCAGACCCCAGUCUCCAGCUGGCAGCCUCUCAGGCAAGCCCUGUGGUGUGGGCCUCCCCUUGCUCAGCCCCAAGCCAACCUCCCUGGUCAUGAGUCGGACUCAAUCUCCCAGCAACCCUGGGAGCAGGACUCAAACCCCCAGAACGCCCAGCAGGCCCCUGACCCCAAAUAGUUUACUGACACGCUCCACCUUUAACCCUGGAUCUCAUAAAGAGGUGACCUUCAGGAGGUCACGGAGCCGCCCUGUGACACCCACAUGUCAGCCCACACAUCCCCGACCGCUGCUCACCCCUCCUGGACUAAGCACUACAGACAGCCUUGGUGCCAGCCUACGGGCCUAUCUAUCUGAGGAUGAGUUUUACCAGCAGUUACAGGCCAUCAGACAGCCAUGGCAUAUUCCCAGUGACACAGACAGUGACAUCCUGGAGCCUCCUGAACAGGAUAAGAGUGGUGCACGAGAUGCCAAUAAGAGAUCUGUCUUUUCAGGCUUAUAGUGACGACGACCAGAGACAUUGAUCCAAUCAAACUAUUAUGCAAACCACUGGACAUUUUGAAUAUGUGUACAGAGACAAUUAUUUUUAUAAUUCAUAUGAAUGAAAGGAAAAAAAAGGAUUGUAUACUUUUUUCACAGAUAUUUCAUAGACAUUGUACUGUAACUAUGAUAAAAUGUGAAAAUAUUACUUCAGAGUCUGAAAUAUAACAUUUAUUUUUGUUUGCUCUAUCGCAUGCUAUUGAACUUCCAUGUGGAGGUCAGAAACAGAUGCAUUUUGUUGUUGAUGGACUCUUUUUCUAGGCCUAGUACAUAUUCACAUUGUGAGGGCAGCACACCCAUGUUAAAGCAUUUCACUGUUAAGAUAUAGUGGAUUUCAAAUAGCAAGUUGUGGAGGGAAUACAAGGAAUGCUGUUAAUUAAAAUGAUUUGGUGCACAUGCCCCCAUUACGUUUUUGACCCUAAUGUAUCUCACCUUAUGUGUUUCCUUUUGUAUUUAGAUCCUUAUGAAUUUUGACACGCAAACACUAAAAGAGGAGUUAAAAUUCAAAUUUUCAUAACUGUGUGCAAUCCAGUCUUUCCGAGAUACAUGAGCCAUCUAACUUUGUCUCACACAUACUGUGGUGCUGUUCUGACCAUGACUACAUUGCUCCUGUGUGUUUGCCUGGGCACAUGUUGGUUAAACUGUGGUUGUCUGGAGUGUUACACAGGCGACAUCAGCUCUAGAGACACACACACCAAGGCCACACCCUCCAGCCUAACACAGUCUGAUCUCUCCAUUUGAACCCUACUGAGUUUUCUGGUAUGGUACACCCCUCAAUGCCUGAGUCUAGUCUCAUUUCACUGAGGGGGAUUCCUGUGAAAGGAUGUGUGAGAAGAAUAAUCACUUAAAACCCCAUCCUGUAAAACAUGGCACGUGAAUUAAUGUCCCAUGUAUUUCAAAAGGGAUGUGGUUUUGAAAGGUGGAACAAUUUGAAGACCUGGCAUAAUCGAGUCACAGUGGGUCCUUGAUAUAAUCGUUACAUCAUUAUAAACAAUAUUUUCCUGUCAGAAAAGGGAAAUUACAAUUUUCACAUUUCAUAUUCCAUUUUCACUUUGUUGGAGAGGAGUCGGGAGUGUUAUUGCCAUGUGUUCUUUUUCCACAGAUCACCAGCCUGCUAACUCUGUUUACACUAUCAAUAUUUUCAUAGUUCAUAUGUGUCCUCCAGUCUUUCAUUUGUUAUGUCAGCAAAAUAUCAAGGCACGAGGAGUUCUGGAAUAAGGCAAGACAGUUUGGGAGAUGAAGACUUCAAUUACUGCCACAGAUGUCACACAAAGACAUCCCCGCCCCCCGUGUAUCUGUGAAUCUCUCAGUAUGUCACAACUUAUAAAGAUGAAAUGCUGGGACCAUUACUGAUGCCUCAUCUCACUUGUAUAGUAUCAUAUUUCAGAUUAUAGCCAUAUGACUCAUUAAUUAUUAUUCCAAAGAUGAUUGUUAAUUUUUUGCUGCUCAUAUAUAAUCAUUUAGCUCAAACUACGUAUAUCUCUGUCAGUCACAUAUGUCAUGUUAAUGAGAAUCAGAGAGAUCAAGUUUCAUAACAUUAAUACCAUCUCUCUGGAGUAUGAAACCUCCAAUAUCUUCUUAAUGUAUGUUUACUGUGCAGGCUUUAUACACCAGGCCCAUUCAAACUGCAAGGGCCACCCAGGAAUAGCAGCAGACAUCACUGUACUUACUGGGAGAUCUGGACCACCAUCAAUGGUCAGCAGACUGACCCAGGUCUUAAUUUACAACUGAGCAGACUGGGAUUUAUCCUGACGUACAGCACAAAUAAAUCUAUGGUGGAAGAGUAUGCUUUGAAGGCAUGUAAUGUCAGUAUCAGUUGCUGCUUGAAAUAAAAAAGCCAACUUGUCCAGACAA